AUGGGCAAGAACAGGGCCCGUAACAAAGCUAAAGCCAGGCGCACAAAGACUUCGCAGAGUGACGACGUUGACUCCAACGAGCAGUCCACGUCGAAUUUGGCACAAGUGAACGCCAUUCAGUCGCAUAUACCAGCCAGGAAUUCUUCUACUAGUCCAGCAGAAGAGAUGCCAUCCAGCUUCACCUCGAGAAUGCUAGCUCGCAUCUGGGGAUUCAAACAGAAUCCAACUACUCAACAAUCUCUUACCACAUCAUCCGCCACGGACGCGGAAACACAGCCAAAUCGUACCAGUCCAUCGACUCCGCAUGUGCAAGAGCCCGAGCGCACUUCCACCACGACGCCGAGCCCAUACGCUGUUUUGGAGCAGCCAAAGGCAUCGUCACCCGAUAUGCCGAAGAUCAAGCGCGAUUCAGUCAUUUCAAGCACAUCGACGGGGCCUCCACAAGAUGGCAAAGUCGAUUCAAGCCCUCCUUCUCGACCUCGCUCAAGAAUCCAGUUCAGGCAGUGGGUCAGUCAAUGCUGGCCGUGUCGCUUAUUCCGGUGGCUAUACCAUUUCGCAAUCGCCUUUACGCGCGUAAACUGGAACGACCAGCGGCGCUUUGUCGAUCUGCUACUCAGCCUGGGUCUCGCCGCGCUCUUCAUCUUCGGGUGCUAUCUCGUACUCGAGUUUGUGCAGAGAGCACUGCCUGCGGCGGCGGCUCAAUCCGUUGAAGCAGGUAACUGCAGUGUAGUCUACGUCACGAUCCCUGGGCCCAUCAUCACGGUGUCGCUUAUUGGCGCUUCACCUACGGAUCCGGCGCAUGGCACUGAUUACUCCUGUGAUCUCUUCGGUAUCGGUAUCAAGGUCCUCUGUAUCGGCCACGACCUCGUCUCUGGGCCCAAGUACGCCUGGACCGAUGAAUCAGCCACAGAGACCAUAUCCGUCCAUCUCAACGAGCAUUUCGACGACGAUUCUGCCAUCAUCACUCAGCAGUCUACCUCCCUCGGCCCUCUCUCGUUCAAGCCAGUCUACCACAUCAGCUAUCCAGAGCACAAUACCCAACUCAAUCUCAACUACACCCGGCAUAACCCCACCCACAUCCAUAACCGGAAGUCCAAUUUCCGUCUCAACAAAUGUCUCGACUCUAGCCUCGAGCGCCCUGACUCCAACAUCCAGUCUUGCCACCAGUCUGGCUACAAGUACAACCAGCCCGUCAUCCAUGCCAAGUUAUUCAUCGAGUUCGAAUAUCAGCUCCGCUGCAGAUUUUACAUCACCAGUUACUCCGAGUAUCUCCACUACUAG